UUAUAUACACUUGCAACAAGUGGUUCAAGACAAGGAAAAACUGGAUGAACGGCGAGUUCGAAGCGCUUGUUGUUGAAAAUGUCGAAAACACCGUACAAAUAUUCUACAUGGAAAUUUUUGAAGCGGAGAAAACAUUCAAGCUGAAGUGUAAGCAGCAUGCAGUUGACAAUUAUCCACGGCGGUAUCGAGGAGUUGUCGAUGAUCCCGAUUUUAAUAAUUGGCCUGCUCCACUCAAAUUGUGCCAUGAGACUCUCCACAGCAUUAAAGAAUUCAAGCCCCACAUCAGGAUUGUUUCAAUAAUGUGCAACCCAGCUCUAACCGACCAACAUUGGAAAGAAAUGUCAGAGCUCGCACAAUUGGAUUUGACUCCAGACGCCGGUACCACGCUCCAAAAGUUGGUCAAUCUCAACUUGGAAAGUUUGUUUGACCAGUUUGAAAUAAUAAGUAUUGGGGCUACCAAAGAGCUUCAAUUACAGAUUAAUCUCAAGAAAAUGUAUUCCGAAUGGACCAGCAUUACAUUUGUUACUAAAUUCUCAAGUGAGAAACACUGUUAUAUUGUUGAUGACCUUGAUGAUAUUCAGGCUCUACUUGACAAUCAUCUUGUCAAAACCUUAUCAAUGAGAGGAUCAGCUUUCGUUAAACCUGUCAAAGAUGAAGUGAAAUACUGGUAUGAUAUGCUUCUUAAAAUGAGUUCUGCUAUCAGAGACUGGUAUGGUAUACAAAAAGACUGGCUCCAUUUCCAAAUGAUAUUCUCUUCGCCAGUCAUAGCUCUGCAGUUGUCUGGAGAAUCUAAACUGUUCCGGGUGGGCAGUAGUCAUCAAUGAAAUCCUGAAGAACUGAGGCAAGGUCGUCAGAGUCAUCAAUAUUUAAAAGAUCGUGCGUGUCAAGUUUUAUUCUAGAAAAACUGUCGGCCACAAAAUUAGUUUUACGCUUUAAAAAUUGAAUUUCGAAAUCAAAUUCCUCAAAUAGGAGUCGCCAUCGUAAUAGUUUUGAAUUGGGUUCUUUCAGACUCUUCAACAAAACAAGAGGUUUGUGAUCAGUUCUUAAUACAAAACUUCGGCCGUAUAGGUAUGGUCUGAAAUGUUUACAUGCCCCAUGCCCAUACGAUUGCAAGAAGUUCUUUUUCAAUUGUAGAGAGAUUUUCUUCUGACCUAUUUAAAGUGCGAGAGGCAUAGGGAGAUCGUUUUUCUCAAAAUUUUGCGACAGGACUGCUCCAAUCGCAAAUUGGCUUGCAUCUGUGGUGAGUGUGAAGCUUUUUGAGAAGUCUGGAAGUCUGAGAAUUGGUUCGUUUUGCAAUGCAGAUUUUAAAGUUUCGAAAGCAUUUAAAAAUUCCUUGUUUGUGGGAUCGACUUUUGCAUCUUUGUGAAGACAACGCGUAAGAGGUUUAGCAAUUUUCGCGUAAUUAUGGAUCAUUUUACGGUAGUAGCCAGUGAGACCUAAGAGUUGUUUAAUUGCUUUAGGUGUUUUUGGUAUUGGAAAGUUCUUUACGGCGUUUAAUUUUUCUGGAUUAGGGCGUAUGUCGUCACUCGAAAUUAUGUGCCCUAAAUACAAUAGUUCUCGUUUGAAGAAUUCGGUUUUAUCCAAUUGAAUUUGAAGGUUGUGAUUUUUCAAUUUUUGUAAUACCGUCCGAAGAUGCUUUUUGUGUUCGGAAAGGCUGUCUGAAAAAAUAAUUAUGUCGUCCAUGUAGACAAGGACGUUGGGUGUGUCUGAGAAAAUCAGAUUCAUUGCUCUUUGAAAAGUCGGAGGGGCAUUUUUUAAACCGAAAGGCAUGCGCAGAAAUUCAAAAUGACCAAUUUCUGUGGUGAAAGUGGUUUUUGGGAUAGAUUCAGGAUCCAUUUCAAUUUGGUGAAAACCUGAUGACAAAUCUAUCGCUGAAAAGUAUGUAGCUUCUCCAAUUUUUCCAAAUAAAUCUUCUAUGUUAGGGAGUGGGAACCUAUCACUUACAGUGAUGUCAUUAAGCUUACGAUAGUCAAUUACUACGCAGAUUUUACGCUUACCGGACGCAUCUUUUUUCUUUGGGACAACCCAAAUUGGAGAAUUGUACGGGGAAUUACUAAGUUGAAUGACCUUGUUCUUCAAUUUAAAUUUUAACAUCUUCUUCAUUCGGGGUAGCGAUAGUUCUUGGUAUAGAUAUAAUCAUCAGUCUUGGUUUUAAUUCUAUGUUGGAGAAGAUUAGUGCUUGUUGGAGAGUCGUGUUCACGCUUAAUUAUUCCAGGGAACUCUGAUAACAAUUCCAUAAUAAAUUCUCUUUCUCCUUCGUUCAUGUGAGAUGUACGAAUUAGAGAGGGUAUUCCAUUGCGUAUUUCAUACAAU